UAAGUCCCUUCGGAUGCUUCUGUCAAGCAGCACAGCUGUCUGGUGAAUCAGCGUAUGAGCACACAGGGUUGGAAAUAAUAUCGUCGUUCAACUUUUGCUGCACUUCACGAACGACCGCCUGCUUCAGCACUUUGGGCAUUAAGCUUUGGGUUGAGCAACAGCUCCAGGAACUAACAGGUUUUUUUUUGCCCUGUCUGAAACGGCCAGUCGGAGCAAACGAAGUGGUGCUGGUAAGAAGGAGAGCGUCAGACAGUCAAUAAGGAAGAUAAGUGAUUCGUUCGGCUGCCAUAUAGCUAUGUCCUCCGGUGAUGCGUCGGAGCAGAGUCGGCGGUUCUGUGUGCUGUCUUGGGAGCAGGUGCAGCGACUGGACUCGAUUCUUGGAGAAACGGUACCAAUUCACGGACGUGGAAACUUUCCGACACUUUCCGUUCAACCCCGACAGAUUGUGCAGGUGGUCCGGGCGCGACUGGAGGAGCGGGGCGUUGCCGUGCGCGACGUGAGGCUCAACGGCUCGGCGGCCAGUCACACGCUUCACCAGGACACUGGACUCGGCUACAAGGACCUGGACUUGAUCUUUGGUGUGUCGUUACCGGACGACCAGGCCUUCCGUCUGGUCAAGGACGUGGUUUUGGACUGCCUGCUAGACUUCCUGCCCGAGGGCGUGAGCAAGGAGCGCAUUUCGGCCCUGACGCUCAAGGAGGCCUAUGUGCAGAAGCUGGUGAAGGUGUGUAACGACACGGACCGCUGGAGCCUGAUCUCGCUCUCCAACAACACCGGCAAGAAUGUGGAGCUCAAAUUCGUGGACUCACUGCGGCGGCAGUUUGAGUUCAGCGUGGACUCCUUCCAGAUCUCCCUGGACUCGCUGCUGCUGUUUGACCGCUGCUCGGAGACACCCAUGUCGGAGAGUUUCCACCCGACGGUGCUCGGUGAGAGCGUUUAUGGGGACUUUGAGGAGGCGCUCGGCCACCUCUCGCAGAAAGUCAUCGCCACGCGGAAUCCCGAGGAGAUCCGUGGCGGCGGCCUGCUCAAGUACUGUCACCUGCUCGUGCGUGGCUUCCGGCCCACGUCCGAGAAUGACAUGAAAGCGCUCCAGCGUUACAUGUGCUCGCGCUUCUUUAUCGACUUCCCCGACAUCAGCGAGCAGCAGCGCAAGCUUGAGGCCUACCUGCAGAACCACUUCGCCGGCAUGGAGCACAAGCGCUACGAGUGCCUGGCCACACUUCACCACGUGGUCAACGAGAGCACCGUGUGCCUGAUGGGACACGAGCGGCGACAGACGCUCAACCUGAUCUCGGCGCUGGCGCUGCGGGUGCUGGCCGAGCAGAACGCCAUCCCCACGGUCACCAACGUCACCUGCUACUACCAACCGGCGCCCUAUGUGCGCGACAUUAACUUCAACAACUACUACGUGGCACACGUGCACUCACUCCUGCCCGCCUGCAGCAGUUCCUAUCAGACCUGGCUGCCUUGUAACUGACCCCACAGACUCUGCACACAAACACCGGAACUGUGAAACAUGAGACUAAAAAAAAAAAAAGACAAGUUAAAAAAAAAAAAAAAAACCCCACAUUAUACAGUAUGUGUACAUACAUCAAAAACACAUGUGUGUGCUGAGCGGCUCUGGCAUUUCAGCCCCUGUGGAGAAAUGGAAAAGGUUGUGUGGAAUGGACAGAAAAAAAAAUUUGGCAGUAGAACAUUUGUCUCCUAGUGGGAAAUAAAAGGAACUUGACAACCAUUAUUUUGGGAAAAGGAAUGGUAAUAGGAUGGAUUUUGCCAAAUGUGACAAACAACCCCUUACUGCUGUAUAUCUUGAGCCGACACAUGGUAUUUCUGUUCUCCGGUUUCUUUCUGUGGGACUUUUGGUCCUUCCUCAAAUGUAGCACGAACAUGUCUUGGCUUGGUUUGCAGCAAUGUAUGUUUCUUUAUAUGUUUAUGAAUCUUCUAAAAGGUUUGGUAAGUUCAAAGGAAUGCUGCAUUUUUCUUGAAUGGUCUAAAGUUUUUUUUUUUUUUUUCUCCCCCUUUCGGAAUAUAUUUUAAAUCAACCUCUUUUUAUGAAAGGAUGUUUAAAGGACCAAAGAUGUUUGAUUUUUGUUGUCCCCAGAAGGGAAUGUUGUCAAUUCCAAGUGCCUACCACAAAACAAAUAUCCAGAAAAGCACCUCCAGAGAGCUGUGCUUUCUCAAGCAUUUUUCUUGUCUCCUAAGUACAUGUAAAACUCUAUUUUCAGGGAUGGAGGCAUUCAUUUUCAUGUGAUUAAAAAAACAAGAAAAGCUCA